AUGGCCUACCUACUAGUGUUUUCGAUCUGUUUGGCACUGCUGUUGGCUUCCAUAUCAUUGUAUCGCUAUGGUUGCAUUCAGCGGCAACAUCCGAUAGUGACUUUCUCUGUUUUGACGGCGUGGAGUUUUUCGUUCCUGAUAGUAUUCACCAUUCCACUAGAUGUCACCUCGACUGUAUAUCGACAAUGUCUGCAGGAGCAUAACAUUACCAGCAAUGGAUCCAAUAAUAACGGGCCUGAUGUAAUCUGUCAGCGACCGUGGGGCAUGGUAGAGGAGGAAGUAUUUCCGAAUUUAUGGCGUAUUAUCUACUGGUCGUCACAAUUCUUAACGUGGUUGAUUAUGCCCUUAAUGCAGUCAUAUCUGAAAGCAGGAGAUUUCACUAUCAAGGGUAAACUGCGAUCGGCACUUGUAGAUAACGCUAUAUAUUAUGGCACGUAUCUGUUUAUCUGUGGCAUCCUGCUGAUAUACCUUGCCUUACAACCAGGCAUUUCUCUGGACUGGCAAAAGUUAAAAGCGAUCGCCUCAUCUGCCUCCAACACGUGGGGGCUGUUUCUGCUUGUGUUGCUGCUGGGUUACGCAUUGGUGGAAGUUCCACGAAGCCUAUGGAAUAAUUCAAAACCGGGCUUCACCCUCCAAUAUGCAUACUUCAAGCUUUCAAAAUUAAGCUCGGAAAAGGCAGAGGCCGAAGAAAAUGUUGACGACGUGUUGGAAAGUUUGCAGUCGGCUAGUCGCGCAAUACCACCCCGGCAUGAACUACGACCCGCAUUGGAAACAAUUAUACGGAAAGUACCGACUGAGCUAAUGGAAAGAGCGAAUCGUAUCAGCCGGGAAGAUGGCUCUCCCAAGGCCAUUCCAUCUGAAAAAGCCCUGGUACGACUGCACCGCCAGGUUAUAAAAUCCCUGCAAACGCUUCAGCGUACUGAAGCUCUAUGGAGUGUGCAAGUCAACAAAGUACUACACCUUGAAGACGUAGCCAAGAACGCCGUUUCACUAGAUCACCGAUUUAAGAGGGAGUUUCCGAAGCAUCGUGUCGGACUUGCGCGCGUUAUUUACAGCCCGACUGUUGAUUGGUAUUGGGAGUGUGUCGUUAAAGCACCGUUUUUGAAAGCCUUGGCAGUUAUAACAGCUUUCCUUUCGUUCACAGUUGUUUGGAGUGAGCUUACAUUUUUCAACCGUAAACCAGUCCUUUCCAUCUUUGCUAACGUGCUGAACGUAGCCAAAGGCAGCUAUGAUUUUGUUACAAUUGAACUAUUUUCUAUGCUCACCCUCUGCUAUCUAUGCUACUGUGCUUAUUCCACCGUAUUUCGCAUCAAAUUCUUGAAUCUCUAUUACCUGGCCGCGCACCACCAAACAAAUGAAUAUAGCUUGAUCUUUAGUGGUAUGCUGCUGUGUCGACUAACGCCGCCCAUGUGCCUCAAUUUUCUCGGCAUGAUACAUAUGGAUUCUCACAUUAUAAAAGAACGUGUUCUCGAGACGCAUUACACUCAGAUCAUGGGACACAUGGAUGUACUCGGUAUAAUUUCGGAUGGAUUCAAUAUAUAUUUUCCAAUGGUAAUGCUUGCGUUCUGCUUGGCCACCUGGUUCUCAUUGGGAAGCCGUGCAUUGAACGCUCUUGGAUUUCAACAGUUUAUGCUAAAUGAAACCAUAGCCGAUGAACUGGUUCAGGAAGGUAAAGAUUUAAUUGUGCGCGAAAAACGUAAACGCCAGCGAGCAGAAGACGCGUUGGCUCGGCGACGUGAUAACGUUCUUGGACAGAUCAGCCGUGACGGAGGAUCCAGCAGCACAGGACACGGCAGUUCUAAUGCGAAUAUAGGAGGCAUGGGUAGUAAUGGCGGUGGAGGCAGUAACAUAGUAUCCAAGUUUAAAUCACGCAAUCUCGAUAACGUUGGCCCGAACGACGAUCUAGUGGGGCAUGGCGAUAGGCUGGAUUAUAGCACCAACGGCAAUAACGCAAGAGGAGUGGACGACAUAAAUCGAUCGUUAUCCCAGGAAAUUAAUGAACGGUUCGGUGUGAGCACGGGUGUAUCCGUUGGCUUUAAGGGUUAUGGUACAACGUUUGAAGACGACGAUUACCGUUCGGAGAGCGCAGGACGUUCUAGCUCUAAGCCGAAAGGACUAUUUGAUGAUGUUUAGUGUAGUGCUAGUACAAUUGUAAGUAGUAUGUUAAACUUCAUGCUAUUCAUUCCGUUGGUUUAAACAGUUCUUUUUUAUGUUCUUGAAUUUUGCAAGAAUAUUCAAUUUUAAUCCGUUCGGUGUUCUCGGUGUGCAAUUUUACGAAUUUAUGUUAUAAUAUUUCAAACAAUGCUGAUAAUGAAAUGGACUUGUAAUGCAAUAUUAAAAAAACAAAUUCCUGCCUCUUUGCAAAGUAUACUAACAAUGCAAUGCAUAAAGGUAUCAGAAAAUUUAGAGUUUAAUAAAUAUGUUUCUUUUAAUUAGCAACAUAAGUAAUGCUUUAUUAAAAUGAAACAAAAAUCACUCAACUAAUGUGCUGCUACUGUAAAAACGAUACUUAAGCAAAUGAUUAAGAAUCUAUGAAAAAUGUAUGAAAUAUGCUUGCACUUAAGCGUAAAAAAUAAUAAAAAAAGUGUAAUAAUCGCUUCUAAAAAACAAACGGCAAAUAAAUGUAAUAACGUGAUUAAACAAUAAAUGUAAUUUAAAUUAAAAUG